GUCUACCAUCACCCUCCGUCUCGUUGCACUCUAACCACCUGAUGUCGUCUUUCGGCAUCUCACAAGAAGCCAUACAGGCCUUCUCACUCCUCGACCGCUCGAAUGUACCGGACACGCAUCUCCCCACUUCUCUCCCUCUCGCCUUUUCCUCCCCUUUACAGCACAUCAAUGUCCUGUCCACGCUUCACCUCCUGACGCACGUUCUGUCUGAUCCAGCUCACAUCCCAUACUUUGCGACUACGGGAACUACCCCCGUCGACAGCGCUACGCGAGGUAUAUUGAGCCUAUAUCUCUCUUCCUCGGAAAGCUGGGACAAGGACAAUUACCUCUCUGCCAAAGCUUGGCGAGAAGGCGUAUUGGACGAAUCGACACUAUGCACAUUCUUCGGAUUCGAAGUGAUGCAGGAGGAAGAGCACGAAUCGAUGAAGGGAGUCAAGGUCGGCAAACGAUGGGAUCAAGGGACAAAGCUGGUCGGACACGUGGUCGAUGUUCUACGAGAUGCUGGACAGAGAAUACGAGGGAAUUGUCUAGGUGCAGUCGUCGGUGAUGCGUUGGAACAGAGUCGGAAAGAGACUAGCUCAGUGGAGGAUUUUUCAGCGUGCUUUAUGGAUAGGGCGAUCGAAUUCUUACCCUGUUUGAAAGAUCCAUAUCCUUCGCCUUUGGGAAUUCACACUUGGCCGGCAGCGUUGGUCCGCUUGUUACAGGAUCUCUCGACGCUCAGACCUACCACGUCGACUCUAGGUGUAGAUCUUCCAGAUCCAGAAGAAUUGGCAAACCUUUCGCCUCUCCCAUUACCUAUCUCGACACUCCUUCACCAUGACCUCUUACCAUUGGACGAUAUCGACGACAACGUCGCCAAAGCUAUUCGCGAAUCACUGGCGCAGACGCGCGCCUCCGCGUCAUAUUCCCCAUCUGCUCCCAUUCCCAUCCCGAUGUCCCUAUAUCUGGAUCUAAUGACCAGGUCUGUGCAAGUCUGCCAGGAGAUACAUAAUCAGUCCGCAUCGUCUAACGCUGCUGCUGCCGCCAAUGGUCAGCUGAGUACAAAGCAGGUCGCGCUAGUGUGUCAAAGCAUAGAAGAUGGAGAGCAGCAUCUCAUGGUGGUGCCACACUUCUAAAGAUAAAAUGCCAUUAUUAUAGUUUCACAUUGACAUUAGAAGCCCACGUGAUCGGUAUUUUCUUUUUUACUCGAUCGGGUAAUUUAUUUAGUCGCCGCAAGAAAGAAAAAAUCUCACAGAGACCUGGAU